AUGGUCAUGGCGCGCGUCUACACGCAACUCACACAGCUGCCGAAGGAGGUGCUGAGGAGCAGUAAUAAAGUUGCUAUUGAGGAGAUCAUGCGUGCUGCUGUGGUGCUCCGGGAGAGGCACGCGCAGUGCGUUCAGCAGGCGCGGGAAGACUUUCUGCAGGGCCGCGUGACGAAACUCGGCAUGCUGGCGGACAAGCGGAUGCGAAACUCAGCGCUGACGUUGGUGUGGAAUCUGCUCUUCCGAGAAUGGUACAGGGGGUGGAAUGGGGACGAUGUCAUCACGCCGUUCCUCGUCACCGUGCUGCGGGUUUCGGCAGCGAUAACAUUGCGCUCUUUUUCUUUUGUCCGGCGUUUCCUGCAGUCAGCCACUUCUAGUGCUCAGUGA